GUAGGGGGUUGAAGAACAUACGUUUCAGAGAGAAAUAGGAAAGAAGAGAAGGGAAAAGCCAAAACCUUGCCCUUGCAUUUCUCAUGAACUGUGGAGUCGUCUUGGGUUUCUAUUGUUGGGGUUGGGAGUUCUUAACUGCCCUUCUUCUCUUCUCCCCUUAUCCUUGAAUUAAUUUCUUCUUCGUUUUAUUUAAUUUUACACAAUACUUAUUAUAUAGAUUUCACUUUCUGUAUUAGUAUGGAAUCUGUGAUGGGAAGUGAUAAUAACAAAGGUUUGUUAGAAUAUGUAAGGAAAUCAACACCACCACCAUUUUUGUUGAAGACUUACAUGUUAGUGGAGGAUCCGAUCACCAAUGAUGUUAUAUCGUGGAACGCAGACGGGUCAGGUUUUGUCGUGUGGCAGCCGGCGGAGUUUGCCCGUGAUCUCCUCCCAACACUUUUCAAGCAUAGCAAUUUCUCUAGCUUUGUCCGCCAGCUUAAUACUUACGGAUUUCGGAAAGUUGCAACUAGUCGAUGGGAAUUUAGCAACGAAAUGUUUCGAAAGGGCGAAGGAGAGCUACUUUCCCAAAUCCGAAGAAGAAAAUCAUGGGCAAAUAGGCAACAGAACAGUGCAAUAGCUCAAGCGUCAUCACCAUUGGAGUGUGAGGAAGAUCAAAGGUCUUCGUCAACUUGUUCAUCGUCGGGAUUCAACAACCUAAUGGACGAAAAUAAGCGUUUGAGGAAGGAAAAUGGGGCAUUGAACUGGGAGCUGACAAGCAUGAAAAGCAAAUUUAAGGAACUUCUUGAUUUGGUGGCUAAUUAUGCACAGUUCGAGAAAGAAAAAGAUGACGAUGAAAGCCCUAUGUUGUUUGGAGUGAAGUUGGAAAUUGAAGGGGAUAGCGAGAGGAAGAGGAAGAGAGAUGAGAUCAGUGAAAGCGCAAGCGUUUUGCUAUCUCAAGCCUGCAAAUAAUUACUAUAUACUUAUCUAUUGAUGGUAAAUUAUGGUGUUAUAUAUUAAAAAGUUUAAUUAUUUAUAAAUCAUUUUUAAGGUUUUAGGUGAUUUAUUAUUAACAUAUAAAUUUAUACAUUGAUAAUUUUCAACCAAAAACAUUCGUUACCUUCUAUUACUAUUAAAAUUUUAGCUGUUGCCUAAGAAAAUUUAAGAAUGUUUAUUUUUCUUCCUUUACCAUUAAACUUAAUAGCAAUGGUUCUUCUCUUGGUAAUUCGAGUUUAAUAGGAGCUGGUGCUUUGAUCCAAAACCAUGAGAGAAAACAGAUUACGAGCUCUCAUUUUUUUCUCUUGGUAUUACUUCGAAUAUGGUUUUUGGGUUACUUCUUGGAUUCAUUUGAACAUUGAUGAAUUAAUUGUUUAUGUUGAUGCAACUGCUCUCAGUAGUCUUCUCAAGAAGCUUAUUGCUUUAUCCUAGUGUUGAUGUUUCCAAGACCUUAUUGAGGACCUUUUAGAAUAAUUGUGCUCUUCAUGUUUGUUGAGAAGGCAACCACUGUGCCGAUGCUAUUGCUUGUAGAACUAGGUUUUCUAGGAACUAAUGAGAAAUAUACCGUGUUUUGUAUUGGUAGAGAUUGCAAGUCCUCCUUUGUAUCGAAUCUUUAUAUAAGUUAUGCUAUGCUACUUUAUUGAUAAAAAAGUACAAAGAUUAUUUAA